AUGGCCCAGUCGGAGCCAGAGGCUGCGUCCCCUCAGAAGCCUCUGCUGUCACCUCAAGUUGUACAGCUGCUAGUGAAUGGCAAUAAUAGUGCUAAUAGUAAUAACAAUAAUAAUAAUAAUUCAAAUCCUGAACCAGUUGCUGUUGCAGUUGCUCAAAAUGGUUCAUCAAAACUAGAAAAACCAAGUCUGCAUGAAGAAACAAAACCAAGCGAAGAGAAAAAUGACAGUUUAGAGUCGCGGAGCAGUCAUGACGAAAGUGAGGAGGCUCCCGUAUCCUCCAAAAGCACCCAUACCAAUACAGAACCAACAAGUCACAAACUUCCCGUGUACAUAAACACCUCCGAAAGUGAGUUUCACAACGACUAUCCCUUGACAAAACAAAGUCGCAUUUUGAAUCUGAUAUCCAGACUCAAUGCGCUACAAGAAGAUUCGAUUCGGAAGCUAAGCAAUUUUCUGAUUGCUGAGGGUCAAUCCAAAGUGGUGGACAUGAACAAUAAUGGUAAAAUAACUAGAUACGGUGGUUGCGUCCCCAAUAAUAAUAGUAAUAAUAAUAAGAAUAACAAUCACAAGCUGACGCAUCAAGCAAAACCAACUACACCACAAAUCCAGUCUGUUACAAAUUGGGCCUCAUUCUUGCAAUCGUCUGCGCCAGUGACACCUCAUCAAACUCGAAGACCUUUAAAAUCGAAACCAUCUAGCUCGCAAAUCACUUCAAAACCAGAUAUUUCACAAGAAGCACAAGCAAGAGUGCCAGCCCUGGCCGCGUCAACAUCACCAACAACAACAACAACAACGACAACCACUGCAACAAAUACAACUGCAACUGCAACUGCAACUGCAACUGCUGCCCCUGUUGCUGCUAGUGCUUCAAAUGAAAGCAGAAAGCUUAACCUUGCAAACGAGUCAGCACAACCGCUCGGCAUCUUGCUCCUUAAAAUCAUGUUUGACAAGAGCUAUUCCAUCUUUGAAGAUUUUCCCACUUUUGAUGUCAAACCAAAGGGAUUGACCAAUACAGGCAACAUUUGCUUCAUGAAUUCAAUUCUUCAAAUCUUAAUUUACUGCCCGCCAUUCAACAAAUUACUCAAAUUGAUUGAAACAAAAUCAAUCGGUGACCUUUCCGUUUCGUCGAAAUCGUUACUCGACGCCACGAUACGGUUAUUUAAUGAAUUCAAACCUAAUGAAAAUUUUUCCAAAGCCCCAGUCUCGAUUGAAGGGUUUUACGCUGCAUUAUCCAGGCACGGCAAGUUUUCACAUUUGAGAUGGGGUCAACAGGAGGACGCUGAGGAGUUUUUAGGCUACUACCUAGAUGCGUUGAAUGAGGAGUUUUUAGCAGCGUUAAAAAGGGUAAACACCUCGCAAGUGGAUCUGUUGAUCCAAUCAUACGACUAUGACGAUGCUCAAGAAUACACUAGAUUUAAAUAUAACGUUAAAACAUGCAUACGAAGGGUGAAGAACGAGGACGAUGAAGAAGACGAAUGGAACCAAGUGGGGUCCAAGAAGAAUGUCACCAAGAUUGAAGUUGAACCCACCCCGUUGAAUAUGAUCUUUGGAGGCGAGUUCAAAUCGGUGGUCACCACGCCAAAGGGUUCUUCCUCGCAAAAAUCAAUAACAUUGGAUCCAUUCCAGCAUUUCCAACUAGAUAUUUCCAACUCCGACUCGCUCGAAGAUGCGUUUUUGCACUUGAAUGAAGUCGAGAAUAUCUCGUACAUGAACAACAACAACAACACAGAAGUACAUGUCAAGAAACAAACAUUCAUCUCCAAAUUGCCAGAAGUCUUGGUUAUUCAUUUGAAAAGAUUCAGCUAUUUCAAAGAUCAAGAAAAUGCCGUUGAAAAAUUGAAGAAGAAGGUUACCUACAGCCACACGUUAACAAUACCCCCCGCGAUCUUGUCUUUGUCACCUGCUACUCCAUGGAGCACAGCUCAAGCAUCAUCUGCACCAUCAACAUCAACAUCAACAUCAACGUCAACGUCAACGUCAACAUCAACAACAUCACCAGCAUCGACAGCAACAGCAACACCAAAGAUACCUACCGCCAGCUCGCAGACAUAUCAACUUGCCUCAGUAGUCUACCACCACGGAGCUAAUGCGGACACGGGUCAUUAUACAUGCGACAUAUACGACUCUGACGCAAAAGAAUGGUGGAGAAUCGAUGACACCAUUGUGAAGGAAGUUGCCGAUGAUGACGUGCUAAACUCCGAUAAUGAUGAUGUUAAAAAUGCUUAUAUAUUGGUUUACAAUAAAGUGUGA